ACAGUGCACCGUUUUCUUUAUGGUUCAGCUUUAAAGCAGCUAUAUAAACCUAAAAAACAGAAGGUGGAUUCACUGGAGAGGGAGGGAGACCAGACCGUAAUGAUGAAGUUGUUUGUGUUGCUGCUGCCGGCCCUACUGGCUCUCUCCUCUGCCUCACUGCGGGACAUUGUAAAGAGGAGCCUCCAUAAUCAGAAAGUUUCUUUGCUGAACCCAGAGCUGGAGGACCAGGUUCCUGAACUGGGUAGUAACAAGAUUGUGUCAAGUCCUCUGACUCCGGAGGACCUGCUGCAGCAGCAAGACCUGCCUUCAUCCUUCCUCUUCGGUGAUAAUGUGAACCUGGAGUGGCUGAUCUGGGAUGGAUCUCUGCCUAACGGAGCCAUUUCCAUCUACAACAGCUACACCAAGCGCACCGACUACGUCUGCAAGUAUAAGUGUGAAGCCGGCUUCUACAACCCCAACCUGGGCUCGUACUGCCGUUACCCGUAUGGAAAUCGAGAAUAUUACGCCUCCGAGUUUGAGAUCCUGGCCAACAAAGACAACUUUGAGUUCUUGGAGUGGAAAGAAGGUUCCUAUGGUUCUGUACCCCAACACUCAGUUAAAACCUGUGAAGGCACUGGCAUCUAUGUCGGGAAGAAUAAGUAUGGUCUUGGAAAGGUUGUUCCUCAGUUUGAAGCAUUCUUCUUGCCCUGGGAAGGUGAUGAGUACUGGUACAAGAAAUAUCAGGUCCUGAGCAUUAACAGGGAUGCCUACACCCAACACAUCACUGAUGUCAAGUAUGCCAUUGAUGAGGUUGCCAUCUUUCAGUAUCCUCCUGAAACCAUGCAGAUCUCUGGAGUCACCAACAACGAGUGCCAGAGCAUUGUGAAGAGGGUCACCAUCUCCAAAACCUCAGAGGUGGAGACCACCUGGAACAUCGGCCGAGGCACCAUGCUGGGCAUCACUGGCAGCAUCACAGCCAAGAUCCCCCUCAUAGGCUCAGGGGGAAUAGAGCUGAGUGGAGAGAAGACCCUGCAGUUCAACAGAGGAACCACCGUGGUGGAGUCCAUCAGCCACUCUGUGUCAGUGGAGCUCACAGUCCCACCCAACCAUAUCUGCAGAGUCCGUAUGGAGGGACGCAAGAUCAAAGCCGACAUCCCUUACACAGCUCGGCUCAGCAGAACGUACCUCAACGGGGAGACCCAAUGGACCUCCAUCUCUGGGACCUAUGAUGGAGUCAACAUUGGAGAAGUCCGAGCCGUGGUGGACCGCUGUGAACCAGUAGCUGAUGCCAAACCAUGUCCUUAAGUAAACAAUAAAAAUCCCCCCCAAAAAUAAAAUUUUUGUGAAUUCUUUGUUUUACUUUACAUAAUAAAAAUACAGUAAUUCUGUUACUUUGACUUUGUUCUAAAUACAUUUAAUUCAACAGGAAGGCCAAUUUUGGAGCUAUAUGUAAAAUAGGUUAUGUGUAUGGAGUUAUGUGUAUACAGUAUUCAGUGUUCAAACAAAAGUCAAAUCAAAUACCAUUUUAAAACAAAUGUCUUUUGUCUUUUAAAUAGAAAAAUUGUUAAAAUAAUAAAGAUGAUGAAUUCUGCUUUGUGGGGCUAAUUAUCAGAUAAUUAAUGCAUUUAAGAUUUUUUUUCCUGGGUUUAGGCCAAUAAAUGGACAGUAACUUUAAAAUUGCGUCCAGAACAGGAAUUAAAAAGAUUAUAAACAUGGUCAAUAUUCA